UAUGUAUACACUACAGCCCUUUCCAACUCUUCUCCGGAAUGUUGCAAGGCCUGCCAAAGCAGAUGGUAGCAGGGUAAGUAGCAGGAAGGGUAGAAGAUUAACAGGAAAUCCUGUUUUUCUAUGGAAGACAAUUCAAACAGGAUUGGAUAUAGCCCCAUAUUUUGUCAGAAUUGCAAAAAUCCAACAAAUGCCGUGUGUGUGUGUGUGUGUGUGUGUAUUUGUGUAUUUGCUUAUUGGAUGCUUAACAAUGUUAUGAUUGUUUUUAAACAAUGCAGUUAAAAAUGAAUAGUGGUAGGUACAGUCAUUUUGUACUAAAUUACAAUAAUAUGGUAAAAAGCAACAUAGAAUAUAGGGCUAGCGAGAAUGUUUGUUAAACAUGUGAUGUAUGCGGAAAACCAGCCCAUGACAAACCUUAUGCCCACAGAAGGCAAAGAUUGACAUACAGUUGUUUCUGCUUGAGAUUUCAAUCGAUUGAUGGCAACCAUUUCAGCGAAAUGCAGAAAACGAGAGUUCCUGUGGUGCAGCAAACUUGAAUGCAGUGUUUGAAUUGACUUGGUGAUGUGUAGCUAGUAUAUGUCUCGCAAUAGCAGAAGAAGGCAUUUUGUGGCCGUGGUUUGCUGUUGGAUUACCCAGUAUUGUCGGAACCCAUUUCAGAAAUUGCUCCUUCAUUUUGAAAACCAGGCAUCUAUCAGUUCUGCUGGUGUAAUUGUCUCCACAAUUACAAACAAAUUGGUAAAUACAAUGGGCUUUGAAGCUCACAGGCUGUGUGCUUCCUUGAUUGAUAGUAAUGGUAGCUUAUGGGUUUGAUACAGUACGUAAAACUUGGCCAUACUGACUGAUUCAAUUAGGUGCUUAAACAUUGGGUCGUCAGGCAUGCUAUCUGAUCUUCCUUAAACAGCAGCUCAAUAAUAUUUUCUUUUUACUGGCAGUUGAAAUUGUCAGUUUUGGGUCUCUAUUAUUUUUAUUUUUGAUUAUUUUAUUUUUAUUCAGGUAUCAUGGAAGAACUAGCUGAAGAUGACAUUGAUAUCCUGAACCAUGAAAAAGCAGACACUCAUCAGAGACAAAAUGGACAAUUUCCUAUUCCAGUGUCUUCAGGAGAAGAAUCAGUUGCUUCACAUUUUGCCCUUGUCACUGCUUAUGAAGAUAUUAAAAAGCGCCUGAAAGAGACAGAAAAAGAAAAUUCUUUCUUAAAGAAAAGAGUAAGAUUGUUAGAAGAAAAGCUUCUUGAAUCCCAUUUGGAAGAAGCAACAAGUUCUGUGGGUCGUGAGCAAGUUAACAAAGCUUAUCAAGCAUAUCGGGAAUCUUGUAUUGAACGAGAUAAUCUGAAAAGUCAACUGGAUAAAACGAUGAAAGAGAACAUGGAAUAUGUGAAAAUCUUGAAUGAGCAGUUGCAGUCUAAAGAAGUAGAACUCUUACAGCUAAGAACAGAAGUGGAAACUCAACAAGUGAUGAAGAGUUUCAAUUCUAACCCAUCUAACUGGGAAAUAGACAAACUGAACAGUGAGCUGAAGCUGCACAAUUUGGAGCUGGAUUUGGAGAAACUGAGGGAAGAAUGCAAUCAUCUUAAGAAGGAAUUGCAAAAAUCUGUUGAAUCCCAAGGAAGUUUAAUAAAUGGAGAGCUUAUCCAACAGCAAAAUAUCCAUAGUGAACGCAUUCAGCAGGUAUACAGGGAACUGAAGAGGGAGAUGUCUAAUUUGCAUCUGGUGACUAAAGUGCAAGCUGAGAUGCUGAAGAAACUGAAAUUGAUUCCAUCUACAACUAAGAAAGUGCCAUCCUAUACCUCUGUUCAGCGUAUUGAAGAUCUUGAAAGGGAUGCUACUAACCUCCACUUAGGUGCUUCUGGAGCAAUAUGCAGAAAUAGAUUACUUCAAACAAGUGGUGAUGUUUUUGGUAAUCUUGCAUCAUCCUCACCAUGUACUAAUGAGAAAUUUAGUUCUGCAUGUGACUCUCCAUUUCUGGAACAUAACUCCUAUGGAAAAAAUUCUCUGGAAGAUAAUUCUUGGGUAUUUCCAAGCCCUCCAAAACCUAGUGAAACAGUAUUUUGGGAAAUGAAAAACAGAGUGACUCACUUAAACUUUCCAGGAAAUAACUUAGAUCAAUAUAACCAAAAUUGCUUGCAUAAGAGCUAAGAGCAGAAGGAGGAACUUGAAAGUAGUCCUCAAUAAGGCCUUGAACUUGUUAGUAGAAAAUAAGAAUGGAGAGGAAUAUAAUCAACUUUCAGUCUGCAUGAGAUUUUCCCUGUUAUCUAAACUUGAAAAACAGUGAAUUCAAAGAAAUAUGGUGAAUGAAUCUGUUAUUUUCUCAAUUUUCUGAUUGCACAUUGGCAGAUUUCUAAAAUAUUAAAUUGUGGAAUAAAACAAAAACAUCAUGUGGUAUGAAUAAUAUUGUUCCAAAGUAUGUUACAUUCAAAAAUUUUGACAAGCUAUGAGAAGGAUUUAGUUUUUGGACAAGUUUUGAUUUAAGCUCGGGUAAUAAUAUAUUCAAUUCUGAAUAUAUUCAAUUCCCUGGCUUUUGUAUGAUAUGCUGAAAAGGAGUAAAUAAAUUAU